CAUCAGCAGCAGCAGCAGCAGCAGCAGGAGGAGCAGCAGCAGCCCCGCCUCGCGACGCUCCACCGCUGGCUGAUUCCCUUCCAACGCGGCUUCACAUCUGGCUGUCACAAACCCAGCGCCGCCGCAUGCUCGGUGCCGCCGCGGCAUGCCCGUUUCCACACCGGUUCGGAAGGUUUUAAGCAGCCCGGCGCCAUGUCCGAGGUUCGAAAAUUCACAAAGAGGCUCAGCAAACCCGGGACGGCCGCGGAAGUCAGGCAGAGCGUAUCGGAGGCUGUAAGGACCACCGUGGACCUGGUGGAGCAGCCAAAGAUCAUUGAACCACUCGACUAUGAGGCUGUGGUGUUUCAGAGAAAGGCCCAGAUCCACAGUGAUCCGCACAGAGACCUGCUGCUCUGCCCUGUCGAUGAUGUAUCGGAGUCCCACAUCUCCAGACAGAGGAGGACCGUCGUUCCCUCAGUGCCCCAGAAUGCAGAGCGGGAGGCCAGGAGUCUGUUUGCCAAAGAGUGCAUCAAGAUGUACAACACCGACUGGCACGUAAUCAACUACAAAUAUGAGGCUUACUCUGGUGACUUCCGCAUGUUGCCGAGCAAAGGCCUGAAAACAGACAAGCUGCCAGCUCAUGUGUUCGAGAUCGAUGAAGAUGCCAAAGACGAGGACUCGGCGUCGCUGUGCUCUCAGAGGGGCGGCAUCAUGAAGCAGGGCUGGCUUCAGAAAGCCAACAUCAACAGCAGUCUGUCUGUCUCCAUGAGGGUGUUUAAAAGGAGGUACUUCUACCUGUCUCAGCUCCCCGAUGGCUCCUACAUUCUCAAUUCUUAUAAGGACGAGAAGAACUGCAAGGAAACUAAAGGCUCCAUCUACCUGGACUCCUGCAUAGAUGUCAUUCAGAGUCCUAGGAUGCGGCGCAAUGGUUUCGAGCUGAAGAUGCAAGACCGAUACAGCCACUUCCUGGCUGCAGACAGCGAAGCAGAGAUGGAGGACUGGGUGGUCACGCUGAAACAGGCUCUGCAGAGCAGCACUGAGGCGGGGCAGGACAGGAGGAAUGGUACAGAGUCACUGGACUGUGCCCUAGAUGAAGACACUGCCAGCCAAGGGAAAGGCGAGAGUCUGCUGGAGAGCCUGGGGAGGAACUUAUCCACUGAACUCGUGAAGUAUACCAGGGAGACAGACCAGCUCAAUAAGAUCAACAGGAAUGAUGGCAGACAAAAGCUUUUCUCUCUGGAUCCUGAAACACAGAGGCUGGACUUCUCGGGCAUCGAGCCAGACGUGAAACCGUUUGAGGAGCGUUUUGGCCGACGUAUCGUGGUCAGCUGCCAUGAUCUCACCUUCAGUCUCCAGGGCUGCGUCAAUGAGAAAGGCGACGGCGUCCUCACCAAUGUGGAGCCGUUCUUCAUCAGCCUCGCUCUCUUUGACGUCUCCAAGAGCUGUAAAAUCUCGGCCGACUUCCACGUUGACCUCAACCCGCCGUGCGUCAGGGAGAUGCUGACCGACACCUCUGGCCAGCUCUCCCCUUCAUCUGACUCAGAUGGCGGGGGAGGCGUGAAAGAGGGAGGAGGGGGAGGAGGCGUCAUGGUGAACGGAGACUUGGGGAAAGGAAACGGCCUGCCUGUUCUUCAGAGGGUGUCGGAGGCUCUGCUUCGCUUCCCCACACAGGGGAUCUUUUCAGUGACCAACCCUCAUGCAGAUAUCUUCCUGGUGGCCCGUGUGGAGAAGGUUUUACAGAACGGCAUCACCCACUGUGCUGAGCCGUACAUCAAGACCUCUGACAUCAAUAAGACUGCUCAGAAAGUGCUCAAAGCUGCCAAGCAGACAUGCCAACGCCUGGGCCAGUACAGGAUGCCGUUCGCUUGGGCUGCCAAGCAGGUGUUCAAAGACGCUCAGGGCAGCCUGGACAUGGAUGGGAAGUUUUCUCCUCUCUAUCGCCAGGACAGCAGCAAAAUCUCCACUGAUGACAUCAUCAAGCUGCUGUCCGACAUCAGGAAACCUGAGAAAAGCAAACUUCAGACCAUCCCUGGACAGCUGAAUGUCACCAUCGAGUGUGUCCCACCUGAUUUCUCAAAUACAGUGACGUCCUCUUACAUUCCCGUCAAGCCCUUUGAGGACGGCUGCGAACGGGUGUCAGUGGAGAUCGAGGAGUUCCUCCCUGAAGAAGCCAAGUACAACUACCCCUUCACCACCUACAAGAACCAGCUGUACAUCUACCCCCUGCAGCUCAAAUACGACAACCAGAAGACCUUCACCAAGGCCAGAAACAUUGCAGUCUUCAUCCAGUUCCGAGAUUCAGAUGAAGAAGGUGCAGCCUCUUUAAAGUGCAUCUAUGGCAAGCCGGGGGACUCGCUCUUCACCAGCAGCACCUACGCAGCCGUCCUGCAUCACAAUCAGAGCCCAGAGUUCUACGAUGAGGUUAAGAUUGAGCUGCCGGUUCAUGUGCACGAGAAACACCACAUCCUCUUCACCUUCUACCACAUCAGCUGUGAGUCCAGCAGCAAGGCGAGCAGCAAGAAGAGAGAUGGAGUGGAGUCAUUGGUGGGAUACUCCUGGAUGCCUUUGCUGAAAGAUGGAAGGAUGCAGUCAUUAGAGCUGCAGUUACCUGUAGCUGCCACUCUGCCUGCUGGGUAUCUUUGCCAGGACACCAGAAAGUCUCAACCAGAUAUCAAAUGGGUAGAAAAUGCCAAGACACUGUUCAAAGUGAGGACCCACGUGGCAUCAACGAUAUAUCCUCAGGACCUCCAUCUACACAAAUUCUUCCAGCACUGCCAGCUGAUGAGGACGACAUCAGAAGGCAACCCAGCGGAACUUAUCAAAUACCUGAAGUGCCUGCAUGCCAUGGAGACUCACGUCAUCAUCACCUUCCUACCAACGGUGCUGAUGCAGCUGUUUGAGGUGCUCACAGCAGCGACCAAAGAAGCCCAUGAGAUUGCCGUCAACUCUCUGCGUGUGAUCAUACAUAUAGUCUCCAGAUGCCACGAGGAAGGACUGGAACACUACCUGCGCUCUUUUGUUAAGUAUGUGUUUGUGACCAACAAUAAUGCGUCAGGAAACUCAGCAACCACUCAUGAGGUGCUGGCCACCGCUGUAACAGCCAUCCUCAAGCAUACUGCUGAUUUCAACACCAGCAAUAAACUGCUCAAGUACUCUUGGUUCUUCUUUGAGACCAUGGCUAAAUCCAUGGCCCAGUACCUGCAAGAGGGAAACCGCAUGAAGAUGCCACGGGCACAGCGUUUCCCCGACAGUUUCCACCAGGCGCUCCAGUCCCUGGUGUUGUCCAUUAUGCCUCACAUCACCAUCCGCCACAUGGAAAUCCAAGAGGAAGCUCGAUGCAUCAACCUGAGCCUUGCAAAUUUCAUCAAGAGGUGCCUGACCUUCAUGAACAGGGGCUUUGGUUUCGGCCUGGUGAACCACUACAUGCGUCAUUUCGGCCUCAAAGAUCCCAAGGUGCUGAGCGAAAUGAAAUUUGACUUCCUGAUGACGGUGUGUAACCACGAACACUUCAUCCCUCUUAACCUGCCCAUGGCUUUUGGGCGCACCAAGCUGCAGAGAGUGCAAGAUUUUAUUCCGUAUGCGACGGAGCUUUUUGGCCCUGUAGAGCAGAGUCUGGAGUUCAGCUUGACUGAGGAAUACUGCCGUAACCAUUUCCUCGUGGGGCUGCUGCUGAGAGAAGUGGCCGAGGCUUUGCAACAAGGGCCUGAAGUCAGGCAGCUGGCCGUGAGCGUUCUCAAGAACCUCCUGAUUAAACACGCCAUGGAUGACCGCUACACAGCAUUCAAGAACCAGCAGGCCAGGAUCUGUUUGCUGUACCUGCCACUUUAUGAGCUGCUCUACCAGAACCUGAAGCAGCUGUCUGCUCAGCCACUCACCUCCAGCCCUGGGCUCGGCCUCAAUGGUUCCAGAGAUGACCUGAUAUCCACCAGUUCCUCCGACAGCAGGAGAAUCAGCACUGCAAUUGAGAAAGACCACGGUCAACCCGUUCAAAACGGCCACGUCGUGAGGAGAGAGGACUCCAGAAGCUCUCUGUUUAUGGAUCCAGGAACACCAGACAGCAUUGAGCUGCAGAGACGUGGCUCCACCAUGAGCAGCAGCACGAUGCCUCCCAUCGGCAGGUUGGGACAUUAUGAGAUCAAAGGCCUCCUGUUCUCCUUCCUGCACAUUGUCAAGACCUUGUCAGAGGAAACUCUGAUGGCCUACUGGAACAAAGUCAGCCCUCAAGACGUCAUGAACUUCCUCAGUUUACUCGAGGUCUGUCUGAUUCAGUUUCGUUAUAUUGGAAAGAGGAACAUUGGCAGGAGCCAGGAGGUGUGUGUGUCGAAGCUGUUCUCCUCAGAGAGGAAGUCUCAGACGAUGCCAGCAAUCCGUUGCAACCGAGCCAGCCUAAUGCAGACUAAGAUACACCAGUUCAGCACCAUGGAAGCCUCCCUCACUCUCAACAUAGGGACGGGACCAUCAGAAGCAGAAAUCCAUCAUCAGGCUCUGCUGGAGGGCAACAUCUCCACCGAAGUCUGCCUUAGCGUCUUGGAUGUCCUUUCUCAAUUUACUCAGUGUUUUAAGACCCAGCUGCUGGACAGCGACGGUCACAACCCCCUGAUGAAGAAGGUGUUUGACGUUUACCUGACCUUCCUGAAAGUCGGCCAGUCAGAAGCUGCUCUCAGACACGUCUUCGCCGCGCUCAGAGCUUUCAUCAACAAGUUCCCGUCGGUGCUGUUUAAAGGCCGUGUGACGCUGUGCGAGGCUCUUUGCUGCGAAGUGCUGAAGUGUUGCGUCUCCAAGUUGGGCUCUCUGAGGGCCGAGGCGUCUACCUUGCUGUACCUCCUGAUGAGAAACAACUACGAGUACACCAAGAGGAAGACCUUCCUACGCACACACCUGCAGAUCAUCAUCGCAGUGAGCCAGCUGAUCUCCGACGUGGCGCUGUCUGGCAGCUCACGCUUCCAGGAGUCUCUCUCCAUCAUCAACAACUUUGCAAACAGCGACAAGGCCAUGAAGUCCACAGCGUUCCCCUCAGAAGUGAAGGGUCUGACUAAGCGGAUCCGUACAGUGCUGAUGGCCACGGCCCAAAUGCGGGAGCAUGAGAAAGACCCAGAGAUGCUGCUGGACCUCCAGUACAGCUUGGCAAGAUCCUACGCCAGCACCCCUGAACUGAGACGCACAUGGCUGGACAGCAUGGCCAGAGCACACCUCAAAAAUGGAGAUCUCUCUGAGGCUGCCAUGUGUUAUGUGCAUGUGGCUGCACUGGUGGCAGAAUACCUGCACAGGAAAAAGCUGUUUCCCAGCGGCCUCGCAGCUUUUAAGAAGAUCACAUUCAACAUUGACGAAGAAGCUGCCAUGAAGGAAGACACUGGAAUGCAGGAUGUCUAUUACACUGAGGAAGUAUUGGUUGAGCAUCUUGAGGUGUGUGUGGAGGCCCUGUGGAAAGCUGAACGCUAUGAGCUCAUCACACACAUCGCCAAACUCAUCAUCCCCAUUUAUGAGAAGCGUCACGAGUACGAGAAAUUAAGCCGGCUGUACGACACACUUCACAGAGCCUACAAUAAGAUAAUGGAAGUGAUACAAUCAGGCCGAAGGCUGCUUGGGACAUACUUCAGAGUGGCCUUUUAUGGUCAGGGCUUCUUUGAGGAAGAGGAUGGGAAAGAGUACAUUUACAAAGAGCCCAAACUGACCGGUCUGUCUGAAAUCUCUCAGCGCCUCCUGACACUCUACGGGGAGAAGUUUGGGCCAGAAAAUGUCAAGAUAAUCCAGGACUCAAACAAGGUGAACCCCAAAGAGCUGGACGCCAAGUUCGCCUACGUCCAGGUGACGUUUGUCAAGCCGUACUUUGAAGAGAAGGAGGCGCCAGAGAAGAAGACCGACUUCGAGAAGUGCCACAACAUCAGCCGCUUCGUGUUUGAGACGCCGUACACGCUGUCGGGGAAGAAGCACGGCGGGGUGGAGGAGCAGUGCAAGAGGAGAACCGUCCUCAUAACUGCCAACACGUUCCCGUAUGUGAAGAAGCGGGUGGAGGUGGUAGGGGAGAAGCAGGUGGAGCUGAAGCCGGUGGACGUGGCCAUAGAUGAGAUGAAGGCACGGACGGUGGAGCUGACCAAGCUUUGCUCCAACCAGGAGGUGGACAUGAUCCAGCUGCAGCUCAAGCUGCAGGGCUGCGUCUCCGUGCAGGUAAAUGCAGGUCCCAUGGCGUAUGCCCGAGCGUUCCUGGAUGACAGUAAAUCCAACCAGUCUGGCAGCAAGAAAGUAAAAGAACUCAAGGAUAUUUUCAGACGUUUUGUCGAGGCUUGCAGCAUGGCUCUGGACAUAAAUGAGCGUCUGAUCAAAGAGGACCAGUUUGAGUACCAUGAAGGCCUGAAGGCGAACUUCAAGGAAAUGGUCAAGGAGCUGUCGGACAUCAUCCACGAACAGCUUUAAGGAAAAACAGAUCUACCAGGAGGAUAUGAUGCGCUCGCUGUUACAGAACUCGCUCCAUGUGUUUCGUGCCAUCAGUGGGACGUCCACCGAUCUGGGCUGACCUUCUUUACCCACUGGCCUCUCUCUGCUCCUUUGUAUAUCCUUUUACUUCCCCUUUAAGGACCAGAACUGGGCGAUAACAGGGCAGCGCUCAGUUUCUGUUCUUGCCAAAACACUCUCCCCUACUCUCUCCAGCAUCUUUGCUGGAUGUGCAGUGGAUGGCAAAAGACCACAGCGUAGCACAUGGAUCUACUCAAACCGCAGCAGUAUUUCUGAGAAUGUAUUACAGCUACACCAACUAAAUGUCUGCAUGUCAGGUUUAGGUGUCAUGCUGAGUCACGCGAGGCUGCAUUGCACUUUUUUCUGCCUUGGCGACAAACUGCAGGAUUGACUGUUAGUCUGAAGCAAUCCCCCCCCUCUCCCUCUCUCUCUCUCUCUGCAGCGUUGCCGUUCACAUCUAUGCAGGACGCCACACUCUCCAGAAUGGACUUGAGUCAACGUUCUUUAUGCCAGUAGCAUUUUUUCAUUGCGCCACAGUGUUUGGCUUGGCGUGGCCUUCUGUGUGUGGGGCUUGUAGGGUGAGCAAUAUACUGACUCAACCAGUUCUGUCGUAACAGGCGCCCUCAACAAAAGCAUUGAGAUACUCUGUAAAGCCAAGUGUUGGUGUUUAUAGGUGACUAGGUUGUGAUAAAUGGAUAACUCGCAUCAGAGCAGCAGCUUAUUAUGAGCAUUGGGCCGGAGUUACUUCCUUGUUUGGUCAACAACAGGCCUCCUCCUGCUGUUCCAAAGGUACAGAAAAGAAAAACUAGACCUCAGGCUUGUGUUAAAGCUGAUAUUGCUGCUUUUAUGAGUGUGUUUUUUUCCUAGCUCAAAUACAUUUUAAAAGUAAAAAGAAGCAAAUGUCCUAGAUUGUACUAGAGGUUAUGAAUAAUGUCAAAACAGAAAGCAGAAAAUGUGAUUACAAAUUCUAUCAAAGCUUUAAACAAUCAUUGAAACUGCAAUAUUUUGGAGAUUAGAAAUCGGAAACGGGACCUCAAGAAUGAAUACAAUAAUCACCGCUAAUAUUCACUUCAGUACAAGAAGAGUUCCUCUCAUCUGGGUUUAGAUCCAGUGCCUUCGUGCUCUACCUUCUGAAGAAAAGAAGAAAAAAAAAACUCCCUUAUGUCAAGUAAUAAGAAGCAUCACAUGCUGGUUGUUCACAGUAUUUCACAAGUGCUACACUGAAAUGAGCAAAUAGAUGAAUAAUAUUUAAGUAGAUGUACAUAGUUUGUUGACAUGCUGUAAAUUGAAGUCUGUAUCCAUGUAUGUUUGUAUGUACUGUAUGUAUGUAUUAUAUUUGUUACUUUCUGGACUCUUAUUCAGUCCAAAAUAUGUCCUAGCAGAGAGAUUUCUUUUGUUUUCAUUUUUAUUGCAUUGUAUACCGAGGUGCAGCUGCUUGUCAAACUUACUUUGUAAAACCUUUUUCCAAUAAAACCUGGAAAAAACA